AUGGGCUCUAUGAUGUCGAGUAGUAACUCUACUACUACAGCUGAUCUGGCUGCUGAGAUCGCCAAGGGAAAGAAGCUUACUAUUGUUGAUGUUAGGGGAGAUGAUGAAUUGGCGACCAAACCUUCGAACCCUGGUAGUGUCCAUAUUCCUAUUGCUGAGUUCAACGAUAGGAUGAGUGAAGUUCCCGAGGGACCUGUUAUUGUUCACUGUGCGGUCGGCUUGAGAGCUAAGCGUGCUGCUGAUGCAUUGAGAGCUGCGGGUCGUAAGCCUGUUAUGAAUGUCACUGAUUGCGAUGCGGCUAAGAAGGCUUAUGAUGAAGCUGAGGAACUUGCUAAGAAGAUGUGA